GCCAAAGCAAGAUGUCGGCAGUAGAGGUUGAUGACGGAUGCCCGGAGCUGGUGCCUGUGGCAAAGGGGAGGGGCUACCAUGAGCGGUAUGGCCCGUUGCUGACGGUGGCUAACGAGUUGGGCCUCAUGACCACCUUUGCUGCCCUCACGGCGUCUUGCGGCGACGAGCUGGAUCUGCCGAAUGGCGUGGCGAACAUGCUGAUGACUCCGCCGCCGGAAGAUCUCCCGCAAGAGGUCCCCAUCUCUGCUGUCGAGCACGCUAUCCGCGUCGAGAUCGACGAGCGCGCCCUGGCCUCCAUGCCGGGCCUCGGCGCCACCGUCGUCCGUGCCAUCAUCGGCUGGACGCCCGAGCUUUCGCUCCUUGCCCGCCUCUUUGUUCUCGACAAUGAGCUCGGCGGCUGGGCCGAGCUUCAGCUGCCGCUCCCGGGUCAGUCGGGCUCAGAUGCCGAUGAGUGCGGCACUGGCUGUGCGCUCGUGUGCUGCGACGAGAUCGAAGCUGGCGACGACAACGACAACAACAACGACGACGAUGACGAUCUUGUCGACGAUCUGAGCCGCAACUCUGGUGACGAUCUGGCCCGUGAUGUUGACGAGGAGGCCGGCAUUCCGUCUGUAGCUCUCCAGGGCUCUGGAUCUAGCUAUGGCUCUGUUGGCGAAUGCGACGAAAAUGGUGACGACGUCGACGAUGGUGAUGUUCGUGAGGUUCUUGUCUCGCUGUUUGCGCUGUGCGACGGCGAGCGGGUGCCCGGCGUUCUGGAGCGGCCGGACGCCGAGGCGCUGAUUGAUGCGGUCGCGUCCCUUGAAGAGGCUCUGAAGGAGCUGCCAGUCGCGGUGAGUGCGAUGGCUGCGCCCGAGGUUGUGGUCUCGACGGCGUCGCUGCUCGCGCGCACGCUCCCGACGCGGAUGCUCUGCUCCGAGUUGUAUGUGCGUCUUGGUGAGAACGGGUGUGGUGUGGCGAUGCGCGAGGCUUGGCACGCUCUGACCGAGACGGGGCUGGCCUUUGUUCCGGCCGAGGGCUCGGCGCCGGCCAUGUUUGUGCUUCCGGCGACUGUCGUCGAAGGCGAGGACGCCGACGAUGACGACGACGAUAUGCCGACCGAUGAUGUCUUCCGAGUCUAUGCUCAUGGUGGACCCGAGACUUUGCUCGACCCCGACGCGCCGAACGCGGUCCUGUCUAUGCUCUCGUUCCGCUGCUUCCUCCCCUACGCCUUUGAUCCCAUGUUUGCCGCCGAGCUCAUGUUUGCCGCUGCCACCCUUGUUGCCCGCCUCACCGAUGGUGUUGUCCUCGGCCGCAACGCCGAGCCUAUCACUCCAACCGCUUAUGCCGUCGAGAUCGCCACUGUCGUCGCCCACCUCGAGGCUUUUCGCAUCGCGCCAUCGUCCCCGUCGGCCUUUUUCAUCUUCUGAUUCCGAUCGCCCAGCCUGACUCUCUCUCCAGCCCAUACACAGACACACACACGCA